AUGUUUUCUAAAAACCAAAACAAUCAGCACAUUCCAUUGCCAUUGUCAUUGCCAACAACUACUGGUAACGUCACUAUCCAUUAUCACUGCACUGUACCAAUGAGUCGAAAAAGACAACUCGAAGAAGAUUCUCGACCUCUUGCUUCCCCUUCCUCAUCACCAAACUAUCAUUUCACCCCCCUUUCAUCUCAAUUUAACUCAUCACCAUCAAAAUCACCCUGUUAUUCCCAUGGCAGUACACUGCCGCCAUCACUGUCCUCAUCGCAGCUGUACCCUACUGCAAUGUCCUCACCAAUUGCUAAACGAGUACAAUUGAGCAGAAUUCAUUCCGAAGUACACCAAAAGACGAUACGAAUGAUGAUGGAUGCACUGAUGCAACUACAGCGACAAGAACAACAACAGCAGCAUCAAAUCCAAAAUAGCAAAGACUCAUUUCUUGAUGAAGUGAUGGAAAACGGUAUCAAUGGUGACGAUGGAACCGACAAUUUGAAUGAAAAGAAGUGCACAUAUUUCCAACAUCCAUUCUGGUAA